CCGGUCUUUAAUUGGUUCUUUCACAAAUAAAGGUCGAUAAUACAGUAACUCUCUAGCUAGACAAAUUGAGUUGUACUCGUUUAGUACCAUCAGAUUUGUUCAAUAUUAAUUAAUUGGAAAAAAGAGAGAGUGAGGCAAAGAAGAUGGUGGAAAUAGGGGAUCAUAUUGAAGAAAUAAAAUCCAUCAGCUUGGGAUCAUCUGGAAAUCACAGGACCAUAUCAGUGUCCAUUCCUACGGAGGAUUUGUGUGUUGACUGGAGAGGCAGGCCUUGCAAUCCUUACAAGCAUGGUGGAAUGAAGGCUGCUAUUUUCGUCCUCGGUCUCCAAGCUUUUGAGAUGAUGGCAAUAGCUGCAGUUGGAAACAAUCUGAUAACCUAUGUGUUUAAUGAGAUGCACUUCUCUCUGUCAAAGUCGGCCAACAUAGUCACCAACUUUGUAGGAACAGUCUUCCUUCUCUCCCUCCUCGGUGGCUUCCUCUCUGAUUCAUACCUCGGGAGCUUUUGGACCAUGUUGAUCUUUGGCUUUGUAGAGCUCUCCGGUUUCAUAUUACUUACGGUUCAAGCCCACGUCUCAGAAUUAAAACCAAGUUAUUGCAACAUGACGAGCAAUGAGGACAAGUGUCAGGAAGCUGAUGGGUACAAGGCUUUGAUACUCUUUCUUGGGCUCUACUUGGUGGCCAUGGGAAGUGGUUGCCUUAAGCCCAACAUAAUAUCUCAUGGCGCAGACCAAUUCCGAAAGCAAUCCAAGAAGCUCUCCUCUUACUUCAACGCCGCUUACUUUGCCUUCUGCACUGGUGAACUGGUGGCCUUGACUCUGCUUGUUUGGGUGCAAACUCACUCCGGCAUGGACGUUGGCUUUGGAGUAUCCGCCGCAGCCAUGGCGAUGGGCCUAUUCUGCUUGCUUUCGGGGAUUUCUCUUUACAGUAACAAACAACCUCGAGGAAGUAUUUUCACGCCAAUAACCCAAGUUUUCGUUGCUGCCUUUUCAAAGAGAAAGCAAAUCUGCCCUUCGACCACAGAAAUGCUCAAUGUGCAAAACCAUCUUUUUGGUGCCACUUCCACUAACGUCAGCUCUAAUCUCCUCCACACGGAUAAGUUUAGAUUCCUUGACAAGGCAUGCAUUAAAAGUGAAAAUGGAAGUAAUAGUAGUAGCAGUGAAAGCCCAUGGAAACUAUGCAGUGUAGGGCAAGUCGAACAAGUGAAGAUAAUUCUGUCUGUGCUCCCAAUAUUCGCUUGCACCAUCAUCUUCAACACCAUCUUAGCUCAACUCCAAACAUUCUCCGUUCAGCAAGGAUCUUCCAUGAAAACACACAAUAUUCCUCCUGCUUCUCUUCAGGCGAUCCCUUACAUUUUGCUGAUCUUCAUGGUCCCACUUUACGAGAUGGCCUUCGUCCCAGUCGCACGGCGAAUCACCGGCCAAGACUCAGGCAUUUCCCCUCUACAAAGGGUAGGUAUUGGCCUCUUCAUUGCCACUUUCUCCAUGGUCGCUGCAGCUCUGGUUGAGACUAAGAGAAGGAACUCGUCUUUGCAUUCAAGCCACACUCUUUCCAUCUUCUGGAUAGCCCCACAGUUCCUCAUAUUUGGGCUCUCUGAGAUGUUCACCGCCGUGGGACUAAUUGAGUUCUUCUACAUGCAGUCCUUGGAAGGUAUGCAGUCCUUCCUGACUGCCAUGACCUACUGCUCCUACUCCUUUGGCUUCUACUUGAGCUCUGUUCUGGUUUCUGUGGUGAACAGAGUAACCAGCUCAUUGUCUAUUUCUAAAGGCGGUUGGCUUAGCCACAAUGAUCUCAACAACGAUAGGCUUGAUCUCUUCUAUUGGUUGCUGGCUGCUCUCAGCCUUAUCAACUUCUUCAAUUAUCUUUUCUGGUCCAACUGGUUCUCUUACAAUCCAACUACGUCCUCCUCAGCUACCAACAACAACCACAACUUAUUGGAUUCGGAAUCUUCCAGUCAUGUUGUUAGGGUCGACGUUAACAAUGGUCGUGACGAUGAUCAUCGCGCUAAUCGUGUAACUUGAACUGUAUAAUUUGUUAAUUAAUCUCAUAUAAUAUAUAUAUAUUUAUAUAUAA